GUCCCAGGAAGGUGGCGUCAGCAUCUGCAGCCGCGUCGACGUUGUCGGAGCCGCCGCGGAGGACCCAGGAGAGCCGGACUGGGACCAGGGCCCUGGGCCUCCCCAUGGAGAAGUCGGCUGCCUCAACAGAGCCCCAAGGGCCUCGGCCAGUGCUGGGCCGCGACAGCGUCCAGGUGCCCGACGACCAGGACUUCCGCAGCUUCCGGUCAGAGUGUGAGGCCGAAGCGGGCUGGAACCUGACCUAUAGCAAGGCCGGGGUGUCUGUGUGGGUGCAGGCUGUGGAGAUGGAUCGGGCCCUGCACAAGAUCAAGUGCCGGAUGGAGUGCCGCGAUGUGCCAGCUGAGACACUCUACGACGUCCUACACGACAUCGAAUACCGAAAGAAGUGGGACAGCAAUGUUAUUGAGACUUUUGACAUCGCCCGCUUGACAGUCAACGCCGACGUGGGCUAUUACUCUUGGAGGUGUCCAAAGCCCCUGAAGAACCGUGACGUCAUCACCCUCCGCUCCUGGCUCCCCAUGGGCACUGAUUACAUCAUUAUGAACUACUCAGUCAAGCAUCCCAAAUACCCACCUCGGAAAGACUUGGUCCGAGCUGUGUCCAUCCAGACGGGCUACCUCAUCCAGAGCACGGGGCCCAAGAGCUGCGUCAUCACCUACCUGGCCCAGGUGGACCCCAAAGGCUCCUUACCCAAGUGGGUGGUGAACAAAUCUUCUCAGUUCCUGGCUCCCAAGGCCAUGAAGAAAAUGUACAAGGCGUGCGUCAAGUACCCUGAGUGGAAACAGAAGCAUCAGCCGCACUUCAAGCCCUGGCUACACCCGGAGCAGAGCCCGUUGCCGAGCUUGGCGCUGUCGGAGCUGUCGGUACAGCAUGCGGACUCGCUGGAGAACAUCGAUGAGAGCGCGGUGGCAGAGAGCCGCGAGGAGCGCUCCAGCGGUGCAGGCGGGGAGGGCAGCGACGAUGACACCUCGCUCACCUGAUCAUGGCACCACCGCAGGGACCCGAGACAAGACGGGGCGGAGCCCGGGGGUGGCGGAUCCUUCCGCGCUUUCUCCCCUCCCCUACCCCCUGCACCUCCUGGGGACGCUGGGCUUAGGCCCAGGCUGGUGCUGCGGCCCGGCUGGACACAGCCCCAAUAAACGAUCCCACAGCCUCA